CAUACAGGCCCUCGCACGCUGCUUGACAUCAUAGUUUUGCCCCGCCAUUCCCUGAACCGACCCGAUGGACCAGAUCCCGGGUGUACUAUACGCCGAUGAGGACUUCACCACAUGGCUGAUCCUCGGUGCCAGCAGAGGCAUUGGCUUGGAGUUUGUCAAGCAGCUGCUCGCCAGGAACGAGCGCAUCAUAGCCACGGUGCGCGAGCCCUGGGCUGCCCAUGCCAGUGCGCUCUGGGGCCAAGCUGGCAGUGACCAUGGCCGCUGCCAAAUGUACACGUGCGACAUCUUAUCCGAGCAGAGCAUCCAAAAAUUUGUCGCCCAACUGGCCGGAAUACCAAACCUCAAGAUCGAUUAUGUAGUAAUCAAUGCAGGAGUCCUAAGGUACCCCAACAGGGCCACUGAGCUCGUGCAUUUGCGGCAAUCCCUAAUGCAUACAUACAUACAUACAUACAUACACACAGGUGCCAUUGAUUCAUGGACAACACAUACUGAUACCAGGCCCCAUAGAUCGUUUGACGAGUUCGCCUUCCACCUGCACACCAACACGAUUGGCCCCAUCAUCACGGCGCAGAAGCUGCUACAAACAAACAUCCCCAUCGGCACCAUAGUCUUCAUGUCCAGCGACUCGGGCUCGCACGGCAACUUUCGCGAAAUGGAAGAUGGCUUCGCCGCAUACGCUGCCUCCAAGUCGGCCCUCAACAUGGCGGUCAGACACAUGGCUGCCGAGCUCAAGCGAAAAGACGACGAUACUAUUAUCCUGUGCAUGCACCCAGGCGAGGUCGCUACUGAUAUGGCCAACAUCCAGCUCCCCUGGGAAGUCCAGGGCAUCAUUUCCCCCGAGGAAUCCGUCGUCAGGAUGAUUGAGGUUAUCAAGAGUAAAGGUAUACAGCAUAGUGGUACAUUCUGGACUUAUGAGGAUAAGCCGUAUAUCUGGUAGUUGAAGAUACACGUCUUCUCUCUCUAUUCUUUUUUUUUUGGAAUUUCUUGUUAUACACAUGUAGUCAAGCCCUUUUGGGCCCCAAUCAUACGCCAGGCUUUGAUUUUUCUUGUUAACACUCACCCCUCAUACCCAAUUACUAGAUUGCCAUAUCACACAAAAGAGAAGAAGAAAAAAAAAGACUCGUUCCAAUUCCUUUUCCAAUUGCUCUUGAAUCUGAGCAGCCCUGAAACACACACAUCUGAUCCUGU